GCCUCUAAACAAGAAAAGAAGCUCCUAGAAGGAUCUUACCUCCCCAGUCUUCCCAGUUAGUUUCUUAUUCUUCUGUGGAGGGUCAACCUGGAGCAUGCAGCAGGAAGGGAUCAGCAGCAUGAAUCAGCUGGGGGGACUCUUUGUGAAUGGUCGGCCCCUGCCUUUGGACACCCGGCAGCAGAUUGUGCAGCUGGCAGUCAGCGGGAUGCGGCCUUGCGACAUCUCACGGAGUCUUAAGGUAUCUAAUGGCUGUGUGAGCAAGAUCCUAGGGCGUUACUACCGCACAGGUGUCUUGGAGCCCAAAGGUAUUGGGGGAAGCAAGCCCCGUCUGGCCACACCCCCUGUGGUGGCUCGAAUUGCCCAGCUGAAGGGUGAGUGCCCAUCCCUCUUUGCCUGGGAGAUCCAACACCAGCUUCGUGCUGAAGGGGUUUGCACCCAGGACAAGACUCCUAGUGUGUCUUCCAUCAACCGAGUCCUGCGGACACUGCAGGAGGACCAGGGACGGCCCUGGGAACAGCUCAGGUCACCAGCUGUUUUGGCUCUGGCUCCUCCCAAUCCCCAAAGUGGCUCUGAGGCUCCCCGGGGUCCCCACCCAGGGGCUGGCCACCGGAAUCGGACUAUAUUCUCCCCAGGCCAAGCAGAGGCACUGGAAAAAGAGUUCCAGCGCGGGCAGUAUCCUGAUUCCGUGGCCCGUGGAAAGCUGGCUGCUGCCACCUGUCUGCCGGAGGACACGGUGAGGGUCUGGUUUUCCAACAGAAGAGCCAAAUGGCGCCGGCAAGAGAAGCUCAAGUGGGAAAUGCAACUGCCAGGUGCUUCCCAGGGUCUGACUGUACCAAAGGUUUCCUCAGGGAUCAUCUCUGCACAGCAGGCCUCUGGCAGUGUGCCCACAGCAGCUCUGCCUGCUCUGGAACUACUGGAUCCCUCCCGCUGUCAGCUAUGCUGGGCAAUAGCACCAGAUGGGUUUCUGAGUGACACUCCACCCCAAAUUGGACUCAAACCUUGGGACUGUCGCCACUUCCUCCUUCCUGUGGUCUCCCCUUCAUGUGUGUGGACUUUGCCUGGCCCUGCCACCUGA